AUGGAUAUUUUUCUUCUUUCUGAGCGCAUUUGCUCAACACCACCAUCACUUUUGGCGACACCACGAUUUCGAGUUUCAUCCGUUUCACGCAAAAGAGGCCGGGUCUGGGAUGCUAUCUCGAGUGUUGAGAGAUGGUUCAAUGCGACUUAUCAAGGAUUUCCUUUUGAUUUCUUCAAAGAUGUGCUCACAUCGGUGAAAAUCUCUCGCAAUUCAGCUUUCGCCGCUCUGGUGGCCGAGGAGGUGGCACGGAGGGCGAAUGGAAAUCGAAUUUCGAAAGGCGACGCUGAAGAGCUGCGCAAGAUUUGCCCACAACGGAAAUUUCAGUGUGCACCCGGGAGAUUUCGGACCCCAGCUGGUGGCUGCAAUAAUGUAGAUCAUCCAGAAUGGGGCGCUUCACUCGAACCAUUUCUCCGUGUGUUGCCACCGAAUUACGACGAUGGCUUGAGUGCUGCUCGACAAAAACGUCUCCCAGAUCCAUUCCUGGUCGUGAAUCAACUCGAAAAGCUUUCUUCACCUAAAUCUCUUCCGAUCAGCCGUCUUUUCGCGGAAUUUCUCUCGCUUGUCUUCGACGAUAUCUCUAGAAGAGCUCCAUAUACAAAUGAGAAUUUGAUGGGUUCUUCGAGUUGCUGUAGCAAUUCUCCUGAAUGUAUUCAUUCGACAAAAGAUGAUAUGAUUCCCUCAUGUUCUUCAUACUCUCGAAGUCUUGCAAUUCCCUCAAAAGAUUGUCAUCCGAUCGAAAGAGAACAAGUGAAUAUGGUGAGCGGAUAUCUUGAUGCGAGCACAAUCUAUGGGAAUUCCUCUCUUGCCGAAAUGCAUACAAAGAGGACUCUUUGUGGAAGGCUUCAGAGAAUCAACCCAAGUUGGACGGAUGAGAGACUGUUCGAAGAGUCACGGAAAAUCAUCGGCGCUCUUCUUCAACACCUCACAUACAACGAAAUGUUGCCGCUUCUCUUAGGCAGAGAAAUAGCUUCUAAGAUUUCUCAUUUUGUUGAUUUCUCCGAUGAAUUCAUUUCACCCCAUCGAUCGAUCAACUCUCUCAAAAAUUUGUAUCACAAAAUUGAUUAUAUCGAUUUGUUGAGUGGAGUUUUUGUGGAAAAAUCGCUGAAUGGAGCGAUCGUUGGCCCGACUUUAGCCUGCAUUCUUGAGAAACAAUUUAUAAAGCUGAAAUUUUCCGAUCGUUUUUGGUAUGAUUCAAGUCUUGCACCGACGGCUUUCACGAGCCUUCAAAUCGCGGAAAUCAAAAAGUUUACCGUUGCAAAUCUUCUUUGUUUAAGCGAAGAGGUGGCUUUUGUACAACCAUCGGCUUUUCUUCUAUCCGAUCAUUUUGACAAUGCUCCUCUUCAUUGCAAUCUUUCAAGUACAAUCAUUGAUUUGAGCUUUUGGAAAGAGGAUGAACUGCAUCGAGAGGUUUCGUUACCCAGUUCAUCGUGUCGAAAAGUGUUUGAUGAGGCCGAGAAAGAGAUUCGACAAAGAGAUCAUCGAAUCGCUGAAAAGACAUUCAACUUGUCACCGCAAAUCUCACUUUACGGUCGCUUCACGCGACCCAAAUCGGAAGCGAUUGCGGUGUCUCGAGUGAGCCGACUCUUGCUACAGGUUCAC